AUGGCAGCAUUCAUGAAUGUGCGUCGUAGAAAAGUUUACAAACAAGCAAGGAUAUACAACGAUGAUAUUUAUCGUAAAUUAUUUAGGUUUAACAGAGAAAAUCUAGAGUGGCUUGCAAACCAUUUUCUUGAUGAUAAUGAGGAUCCUGUAGAAACAAGAGGUGGAGCCUUGUCACCUACUCGGAAAAUGGAGAUAUUUUUGAGAAAUUUAGGAGAUCCUGGAUUUCAGCAAGGAGUUGCUGUUGAUUUAGAUGUAAACCAAAGUACUGUAUCCAGAACCUUGAUUACUGUAUCUGAAGCAAUUUAUUCGAAGAGAAAUAACUGGAUAACAUUUCCUAAUACUAACGAUUUACUUGGAGUUGCUAUCAAUGAGAGGGCAAAUACCAAGCGAAUGCCCAGUAUCAUAGGUGCUAUUGAUUGCACUCACGUUAAAAUAACAAAGCCACAAAUCUAUGGUGAUGAAUAUGUGAAUAGAAAAGGGAUAUGUUCAAUAAAUGUACAAGCUACUUGUAACGCCAAAGAAAUCUUUACCAGUGUCGAUGCGACUUGGCCAGGCUCCACCUAUUCAAGAAAAUUAUAAUUUAAUCCAUGCGAAGGAACGUUGUGUCAUAGAACGCUGCUUUGGUCAGUUGAAACGGCGUUUUCCAAUGCUCCAGUAUACAUUUCGCAUAAAAAUUGAAAACAUUCCAAAACAUAUUGUGAUUGCAUUUGUACUUCAUAACAUAUCUAAAUAUUUGCAAAAUCCAUACCAUGAUUUUGAUCCAGUUCAGAUGGAAGUACAAGAUGCGAUUGAACUGAUACCUGAGGGUAAUCAACCACAAAUUCGAAAUCGAGGCACAUAACGUAGAAACGACGUUGCGGAGGUUAUAUUUCGUGAUGUCAACUAAUAUAAUGUCAUUAUGCACAGGGUCGUCUAAUAACAAACAAAUGUUAAAAGUAAAUUAUGUUGUGUGGUAUUUGGUUUUAUUUUCAAAUAGUAAUUAAUAUAUUCAAAA